GUUAGUCGUAGAAUCCGUGGGCGUAGAGUAAGAGGAUGCUGGUUGAAACCUCUGCGAGAGAGAGAGUAAGAGAGAGAGAGAGAGAGAAAUAGAGAGAGGGUGCAGAAUCCACCCUCUGAAUACGUGGGUGUUCGAAAGCCAAGCGGUUGGCAACCCGGCGUACUAGUCACAAAUUCACUUGCGCGACAACACGCGCGAAAAUCUUCAGUUCAACCACGACCGUCGUGCGAGUAGGUUCGGUCCUCGUGUACUUUUAUUAUCUCCCUUUUAAAAAAACAACUCUUUCCCCCCCUUUUUUUCUCGUCACGCGACUUUUUUUUUCUAAACAAAAAAAAAUUGUGCUUUUCUUUUCUUUUUUUUUUUGUCUGUUUUUUCUUCUGUGUGAAAACUUUCUACAAUACAAAAGCAGAAAGGAUGUGAUUGACCAAGAAAAAAAAUAAUACCUGCAAAAAUGGCACCAUACAGACUUCUCUUUUUUUCGCUUUCGUUUAUUGCUGUCUUCUUGACCAGCGCGCAAUCAACGCUUUCGAAGAGGCAAGACGGAACAAUAGAAGAUUCGCGCAAAGUGCCAGUAAACUUGACUGCAACACGAACAUCACUCAUUGCAACCGAUGAAGGCGUUAAAACAAAGUCGACCUCUCUUCAAAGGGAUUCGAUUCAAGUUUCAUCGAACGAAGAUACGAGCGAGGAAGACCUGGAGGAAAAUGAAGCUAGUGAUAAUGCAGAAGACACGACAACUGAGGAGGAGGACGACGAGUACGAAGAUGAACUGAAAGCUGCGGCUGAGUCCCAUGAGGCAAUGUCUCACGACGACACAAAAAAAUCCAAUACGUCCUUUUAUGAUAGUAAGAGCUUCGACGAGAAGUUGAUCACAGCGAAGAAUUUCGAUUCUAAAGAAAAGAGCGUCGAGGAUGGCUCAGAUGAAAACGAGACCUCGAACGAAGCUGAUAUUGACGACGACGAUAUCGAGAAAAAGAAAAAGGACAAGGAGGUUGAGGAACUUUUGGAAAAGAAGAGAAAAAGGUUACCAACUGUAAAAAAGGAAUUGAGGACACAAAAGGAAAUUCAGGCAGAUAAUGAUACGUUGGAAGAUGAGGCGCUGACAGUGAAUGUGUUAAGGAUGCUGGCAAAGUUGGCAGAAAAUCCUGAACGAUGGGAGAGAGUUCAUCAACUUCUGAUGCACCUGGACGAUGGUCGGGAAGGUUCCCGUCGGGCCCUCCUGGCGCGGAAGAGAAACCUACUGCCGACGUCGUACUUCGAUUCGAUAUCCACAACACCAAAAAUGGACGAUCCACUGAGGACCUUCAAGAAGCCGAAGAAGAAAAAGAAAAAGAAGAAACCGCAUCACAAGGCAACGACACAAGCUCUGCCGAUAAUGACGUCCUCCGUACCAACAACCGAGUCGCCAUGGUUUACAACUUCCAUUCCUUGGCGUCUCGUUGCUGAAAAUUACAAUUCGCCUCUUUGGCAGGAGCAAAUCGACGACAAUCCGUCGUCGAAGCUUCGAUAUUCGAAAAAUCGUCCUCGUCUUCCUGGACAUCAGCUUAUUGACGAGAAGCAACGGGAGAAUUUAAAGACACUCAACGAUCAGCGACAGGCUCUGAUGUUGAAAAGUGCUAGGGAGUACUCCCAACCGAGACUUUUGCACUUUGGGAAAGUUAAUACCCAUCAGGUGCCGCCUGGACAUCGGGACUCCUCUUUCGAUGACGAAACAAUGCGAAUGCGAGACUACGAUCCCUCGGAGUACAUUCACUUCAAGCACUGGAAAUAUCCACAAUACAAUAAUCCACUGGCAAGGGACUUUUCUUUGGACAAAUUCCAAAACGAUUUGCAGAACGAUUUUGAACUGAACGCUGGUGGUUUCGCAAGAAAUCAAGAAUUUAGACCAUCUGACAGGGAAUUCGCCGCUUCUAAGAGUUGGCAAAACUCCCCGUUUGGCUACAGAAAACCACCAAAGCUAGACUUUCGGCUUGUACAAAUGAAAAACGUUCCUUGGUACUACAAAAAUCCUCGUGACCCAAAACCUUGGUUGCGAGAAACUCUUCCCUGGAGAAAACCAUUGAUACAAGAUUACUGGUCGCGAAUGGACGACAACGACGAGGAUGAUAUGAAUUCCUUGGAGAAGUCCUGGCACCAACGGCAUCAUCCGCAACUUUGGAAAGUCGCGUCUGACUCGUGGCCUGAGGACAAAUCUCUUCAGGUUCCACCCUGGUCGGAGAAAUCAACCCAAAAUCGUCCGAAUCAAGAGCAGAGUUUCGCUUGGGACAGGGCGAAAAAUCGUUCGGAGAAAAUGAGCCCACCAAAGCAGAAUCCCAACGAAAAGAAUAUAAUUCCCAAAAUUACAAUGAAGUCGUGGAAUAGCCUGACGUCGGAUCCUGCCACGUGGCCAUUUAAAUUGCCGGACGCAAAACCCUGGCCAAAGGAUCAAAAUGGCAAAUCCUACAAUCCGAAUGCGGAUCUGGUGAGGAAACUGGGUCUCGAUAAGCAGAACAAACUUCUCUCGGAGGAAUUCAAGAAUUCUCCAAAGGAUUUUAAGGGAUUAAAGUAUAAGGAAAGAACGUCCUCGGAACUCAAGAGCAAUGACAACAACAACAAGGGAAAGGAUUCCGUUUGGCCUGUGAAACUCACGGGAGACGACGACUGGAUGAGUAAAGUGAGAAGUUCAGAGAAUCUUUCAGCUGAUGAUGAUGCGAGACCAUCUUGGACCAGUAAUAAUGCGGAAUCGGGAGGCAAAUCCUGGCAUGGAAAGAGCAUUUCUCCAAAGGCACAAAGCGUGAGAGGAUGGGAAGUGCCCGUCGAUCAGUCCACUUGGAGGCCUUAUGACUUGAAGUCCUAUGAGGAUUCUCCAAGUAGCCCUUGGUCGGGAAGGACCAACGACAGAAUGUGGCACUCGAAGGCGGAGACUGGCCCUUGGCCGCAAAAAAUUGGCGAAGACUGGAACGAAGGUUAUGGAAAGCAGGCAGGAACUUCCAACAAUUGGCCUUCAAAGUGGAAACAAUUCGCAUACCACAGAGUGACGGCAAUGCCAAUGACAAAAGCGGGCUCUUCCAUGGAAGGUUCAGCUAAGCCAAAAAAUGCCUUUAUCGCCGUCUCGGCAGUGUCUUCUUCAAAGUAUAAUAAUAACGAGUGGAGGAAAAAUGACAUAGAAGAGACUCCUCCCAUCAGUCAAAAUAGUUUCAGAUCAGUGGAUCCAGAUCAUCCGGCUAGUCAACUGCGUUCUUCUAUCGAAUCGCCAAUUUAUGCAUGGAAAAAAGACGGGAGUCCGUCCAAUAAGACGCGAAGCGUUGAAAUCUUACCCUCUGAUCCUCUGGAGCAUCAAUUGGAGGAUCUGAGACUGAACUCGUCUUCACAAGACUACAGUAAAAGUAAAACUAGAGAGAAUGGAAGUGAAUUUUCCACCUCACUUUCAGUGACACCAUCAAACGGGUCGUUUGUCGGAAAUUUGACAAAGGAAAUAAGUAAACGACAUUCCAAUCUGAAGAAUAAAAGAUUAUUAGAAUUAGAAAAAUAGAAUUCGGAUUUACAGAGCAAUUAUUUAUAACAAAAAAAAAACAAAGAUCUAUAAAAAAAGACAAUUUUCUACUCUAACUCUCAUUCAAAUUCUAACAAUUAUAUUUUAGUUUCGUUUAUAGAAAAGAAAAUAUUUUAAAAGUUAAAAAUUAAUUUCUAUAAAUGGAAAUUAAUUUUAUCUUUACAGAAGAUAUUUUAAAAAUUAAUUUUUAUAGAUUUUCCAAAACCUUAAUAUUCAUCUCCUUAAUUAUUUCAUUUCAUCAAUAACUAUCCACAACUAUAUAUGUAAAUACAUAAUUUUUAUUGAAAGAAAAAAAAACUCUAAAUAGUAUUUAAUUUAUUAAUAUUCUGAAAUUGAAGUUCUAUUUAAAAUAUAGAGCGUCGUGUUGUAUAUGUACAAUGUAUUUUGUAUAGCUUGACCAAAUGUUUUUUUACCUACAUCAAAAUGAAUCGACAGGAAAAUUCAUUUUUUCGAAACAC